AUAUAAGCAAAACGAUCAUUUCCGAUUCCGAUUAACGCUGUGCGACAAGAUAUCUUACAAUUUCUCAGAAUCUGACCAGUAGUGUUUGUUAAGCCAAAAUGUCACAGAUGUUGGACAAAGCUAAGAACUUCAUGGCAGAGAAGCUGACCACCAUAGAGAAGCCAGAGGCCAGCAUCGAUAACGUUGAUUUCAAGCGCGUGAGCCGCGAGUCAGUGGAGUACCUCGCUAAGUUGUCCGUGAAGAACCCCUACGGACAUUCCCUGCCCGUCUGCGAGAUCUCUUACACCCUCAAGAGUGGUGGCAGGGUGAUCGGAUCAGGGAAGAUGGCGGACCCAGGAGACCUGAAGGCGAGCGACACGACAUUGAUGGACGUACCGGUGAAGGUGCCACACAAUGUAUUGGUGAGCUUGGCAAAGGACAUCGGUGCAGAUCGGGAUAUAGACUAUGAGCUGGAAUUGGGUCUCACCAUUGAUCUCCCUGUCAUUGGUAACUUUACCAUUCCCCUCUCCACCAAGGGAGAGAUCAAGCUGCCCUCCAUCUCUGACAUCUUUUAAAUCUCUCUCGAUCUCUUUCUCAAGUUUGCUUUCUUUUUUUUUUUCUUACGUUUGCUCUACCUAUAAUGUUUGUUGAAUGAUUUCAUACCCUUGCCCGAUCGAACUGGUGCAUAAAUAAAUAUGGAAUUUUUCAA